AUGGCCAGUCAGCUCGACCAGCCAAACCGUGCUUGUCUUUCCCUUGCUGUGUGGCCCCCCUCUCUUUGCUACUACUACGGCCCUCCCCCCUCUACUCUCUUCUUCUCUUACUAUCUUCCUACACUACCAACUCCCCAUACAAACUCGCUCCCAUACAAAAAAGGUACUACAUAUUCCCACCCUAUACUAUAUCUAUAUCAACACUUCUGA